AUGGCGCAGCCGCAGCAGAAACUCUCGGUGUACCCUGAACCAGACCAGGAGAUCACACUUAUUGAGACAUCAUCUGAGCUUGAGAGGCAAGUCUCCCUUGCGCGCCAGUCUGUACAGAAGUAUGCCAGCUCAGGUAUUCGUGCUGUGCGCUCUGGCGUUGACUCUGUGAUCCAUGCUGAAAACCGUGUCGAAAACCGUGUGAAUAGCCUCGUCGCCAAGGACGAGACGCUUACACCGAACGGUCUUUACGUGGGUGUCGCUACCCUAGCCAGCAUGGUCUUCACGCGCUACCGCACUUUUCCGAUCCGCUGGUUCGUCCCCCCACUCGUUCUUGCUGGCUCCAUGAGCUACUUCCUGCCGAACACGACGACCAAUGUGGCUGCGUAUUACGAGAAGAAGGAGGAGAAGUACUUCCCUGAGUUCUCGGCUCGCCGUCAGAAGUUUGUCCAGCUGCUCCAGCAGCACUGGUAUAUGGGCAAGGACAAGCUGGAAGAGGCAUACGAGUCGACUUCGGAGGCACUUGCUACGGGUGUGCGUGAUGUGGAAAAGAGGACAGGUCUCAAGGUCGGUUCUCUUUUGUCUCAUGACGACACAUUACCUGCCUCUGUGCCUGCUCAGGCGACUGCACCAAAGAAGCUUCUUUAG